AUGGGCCCAAAGAUUGCUGAGAAGUGUGGUAUAUGUCAUGAUAAUGAUGCUAAAUACAAAUGUCCCAAGUGUGGAAUCAAAUACUGUUCACUUACAUGCUAUAAGGAUGAAGCUAGACAUAAAGACCCUGUAGAUUCCACUGAUCAAAAAGAAGAACAAAUAGGAAAAAACGAAAAACCUGCGAAUUCUGCAAAACCACCUCAGUUAGCAUCACCUGAAUACUCUAAAAUUUACACAGAGACGCCAGAGAUACAGGAGCUGUUGAAAUACAAUACCGUUAAAUUUCAUCUGUCCAAAGUGCAUCGGAUCCUAAGCAGUGAAGUGGCAGAUCCUAAUGAAUCAAACAUGAAUAAUGAGAUGAAAAGACAACUGGCGGUAGACUAUUUAAAUACAUUAAGAUACGGUGGAAUACAUUAUAAUGAAGCGAUCGAAGAAUUUUGUCAAUUAUCAUUAUCAAAAUUAAACAAUCCCGAUCAGUCAAACGCUUGA